GUCGGAUCAAAUAAUUCAAAAAUAUGGCGGCAUCUAAGAGCAGGCGAGUUGAAACAAUUAGAUAUAAACUAGAGGGUGGUUGAAGACUUGGCUAAGAAGUAAUGGCCAAUUGCAAGAUUCUUGGUUGUCCUCAUGUUGAGAAUGUUGAGGAAUCGUGGAUGUCUGAGCUGCUUUUUAAGCCUGGGGAGCCCCGACUAAGGCUGCUACAAUGGUUACUAGCAAGGUUUGACCAGCAUUUAGAAGAAAUCUUGGACAGUCAUCAAGCGGUUGUCAGUAGCUUAACUGACUCUAGAGUUGGAAAGCUACUGUUUUGUGCAAAUUUGUUGGGGCUUUGUCGCGAAGACGACGUGGAUCUUAUAACGGGGGCAUCACCCAAGUCGAAACAACUACAAUUUUAUGAAGAUAUAACUGAUAUGCUUUUGGUUGUGGAAGAUCUUGACACUAUUUUUCUCCAAUCGGUUUCCUCAACACCAGAACGUAUUACGACACGUCCUGGGACUAUAGUCGACGCCGUAUCUGAUGCUUGCGGAUAUCUCGACCUGCUUUGUAGACAGGAAGAUUUAGGAGAGUUGUUCAAGGAAAAAAUACAUCUAUAUCCGCCCGAUAUAGAAAAACAACUUGAAAUAGAUGAUCAUGACAGUAAAAGAUCUAAGAUACCAGAUACUGCUGAUAUCACUUCGCUGGCAGAUCAAAUUGAAACAGAGCUCAAGAAACAGAAGAAACUUUUAGAAAAACUGAAAUCAGAGUCGUCAACGGAACACGAUCCGCAAACUGUGAACAAAGUCAGCAAAACAUUGUCCUUAACAAUGUCGACUUUAACACAAAUGAUUGAAGGUUUUAAUCAUUGUUAUGAAACAGAGAUGAAACAGUGGUCGGGCAGAGAAAAACCUAUCCUUUCUGAACUUGGACCAGUUUUCAAAAGAGUAGACAUAUUGGUCCAAAAACUUCUUCAGAUUUUAACAAGUCUUGAGAAAUUAAAAAUGAGCCAUCUUCAAAUCACACAUGUGCAGACCUCAGACAUGGAGAAUUAUACAGUGCCACUUGGUAAGCUAGCGUUUAACAGUCUUCAGGAAUGCGUUGGCGUUUUGGACGAAGCCGUUAAGAGAAAGUCGGACAUGCUGAAUGAUUCGGAAUUCUAAACUCAUCUGUAUAGCAAUAUGAGAUAUAAAUUUUCAAACAGUGUGCCUUUUUUAAUAUGUGGUUUAUGUAGCCAUGUGUACAUUAAUACUUUGACAUGUUUCACUUAAG